GAUGUCUCUCCCGCUGGUGAUCCGCUGGUGACGCGAUGGCGUGAUGGCGUGAUGGGCCUGACUUGCAGCUGCUGCGUGAGUGAAGAUUCACCAGGAGCACUACCAGCACUACCGAAGUGCAACUCUGAUGCUUGGAUUGGUCAAGAGCAUACCGAGCCAGAGCUGGACUGUCUCGCUUGCGGUGGAAACGGCUGUAGUCUUUGUCGUGACAGCGCCCUUGCACUGUCAGAUGACUUGGCCCAGCUUCAACAAACCGCGGCCCCGGCGCCACGCGCGCCGUCCGACUUGGUUCGAGACGCGCUCAUGCAAGUCUUAUCCACCUGCAAGUCGACAUCUAGCGGGUGGCGCCUGGGUGAGCUCUUCAAGCAUCUCAUGGAGUGCAAACACGCCAUCAGCGACGCCUCAAAGGUGAGUCGUAAGGUGGCGGUGGACUUUUUAUUCGGCGAGACGAAGAAACCCCACACGCAUCGGCAGUGCACAAUUCAUAUGCAUGAUAGGACUUUUGAUAUCUCAACGCAAAACAAGCGGCUGGAUGGCAUCGAGUUGUCCAAACAGUUCGAUGCAUGGCGCAAGGACACCCGGGCCGAAGCAGCUGCUCAAGGCAUUGCUUUCCGACCGGGCACAUCCUUGCAGCACGUCUUGGCUGGGAAAGUGGAAGAUGUGGAUUCAACCAGUUUCGCCACAGCGGUGGAUAUGCACUUUCUGAAUCCCAGCAAUCCAGAGCUCUACAACUCGCUCUUCACGUUCUUCAAGCUCUUCUUCAAGGUCGCCCACCAGCUCCAUCAACGCGGUGACGGCCACGCGCUUCUGGCGGCCUGCGCAGCCACAGUACCGCGUGCCAGCGCAGUGAUGAAGGACAUCAUUGAGGAUACCAAGUAUCGGAUCAGCGCUACACAGAUGACAGGAGUGAUGCGACAUCGCUUUACUUGCCGUUGGAAUCUGAAAGCCAUCCGGAAACGCUUCGGCGAAGAUCAGUAUCAUGUCUUUCGAGACAUGCCGAUGUACGAUUGGCGCUUGGAGUCGGCGACGGACUCUGAGCUCCUGGCGUUGUCGCUGCGGACCAUGGAUCACCACCAAGUGGAGAUCAGCUUCCUGGUGUCCGACAACGGAAAGCUGGUCUGGUCCGACGGCCAUGGACCGCGCCAGGGCGAAGUGCCCAGCUUCUGGGCUGGCGCCUUUAACAUCCGGGUGAUCAACGGCCGAUGGCCCCUGGCCUGUUGCGGUUGCUUCGGCACGGCACAUCUGCCCGCGCUCUGCUUUCACGUCGAGGCCUUUCGUGAACCACAUCCCAUGUUCCGAGUUUCGUGCAAGGAGAUGGGCCACUUCCCAAUGGAAUGGUUUUAUAGCCCCCUCUUUGACAUGGCUCAUAUGCGCUCGCUGCUGGUACGCCAUCUCAAUGUGGAAUGCUACUUCUUAGGCGAUGAAUGCCACCUCCACGUGCACUUUCAGCUGGCUCGGCUCAGCAGCAUUCUAAAGAGGGCCCUGAAAGUCUUCUCCUCGAGGCUGCUGGACGUCGUCUUCGGUGCGGUCCACGAGGACCCCCCGGUGGUGCUGCUGGCGGCGCUGGGCGACGACUUCACAGAGCUAGAAGGGCAGCUGCCGUGACCAAAAAA